GGACUGAGAAAGGGAAUAACGUGGCAGAGGAAUCAGACCUCUCUGGCAGACUUCAUCCUUGAGGGGCUCUUUGAUGACUCCCUUACCCACCUUUUCCUUUUCUCCUUGACCAUGGUGGUCUUCCUUAUUGCCGUGAGUGGCAACACCCUCACCAUUCUCCUCAUCUGCAUUGAUCCCCAGCUUCAUACACCAAUGUAUUUCCUGCUCAGCCAGCUCUCCCUCAUGGAUCUGAUUCAUGUCUCCACAACCAUCCCUAAGAUGGCUACCAACUACCUAUCUGGCAAGAAGUCUAUCUCCUUUGUGGGCUGUGCAGCCCAGCACUUCCUCUAUUUGUCUCUGGGUGGUGCUGAGUGUUUUCUCUUAGUUGUCAUGUCCUAUGACCGCUAUGUUGCCAUCUGUCAUCCACUGCGCUAUGCUGUGCUCAUGAACAGGAAGGUGGGACUGAUGAUGGUUGUCACGUCAUGGUUGGGGGCAUCCGUGAACUCCCUAAUUCACACAGCAAUCUUGAUGCACUUCCCUUUCUGUGGGUCUCGGAAAGUCUACCACUUCUACUGUGAGUUCCCAGCUGUUGUGAAGCUGGUGUGUGGCGACAUCACUGUAUAUGAGAUCACAGUGUACAUCAGCAGUAUCCUCCUUCUUCUCCUCCCCAUCUUGCUGAUUUCUACAUCCUAUGUCUUCAUCCUUCAAAGUGUCAUUCAGAUGCGUUCAUCUGGGAGCAAGAGAAAUGCUUUUGCCACUUGUAGCUCCCACCUCACGGUGGUUUCUCUUUGGUUUGGUGCCUGCAUCUUCUCCUACAUGAGACCCAGGUCCCAGCGCACUCCAUUGCAGGACAAAGUUGGUUCUGUGUUCUACAGCAUCAUUACCCCCACACUGAAUCCUCUGAUUUAUACUCUCCGGAAUAAAGAUAUAGCUAAGGCUCUGAGAAGAGUGCUGAGGAGAGACGUUAUCACCCAAUGCAUUCAACGACUGCAACUGUGGUUGCCCCGAGUGUAGAGUGGAGUAGGAUAAGCUCCUUAAAUUAAUUCAUGUAAACCUGUAAGGUUUUUCAGGGAGCUAGCUCCC